AUGGUGUGUAUUCCGGCGCUCUUUAGGACAGCCCUUCGCCUGAGCGAGAGGUUCUCUUUGCCGGCUUUGCCAUACAAGCUCGAUGCCCUGGAACCGCACAUCUCUAAACGCACCCUCGAACACCACUAUGGGAAGCACCAUCAGGCAUACGUAAACAAGCUCAACGCGCUGGUGAAAGACAGCGAAAAUCCCGCGCAUAUGAAGAUUGAGAGCAUCAUCAAAACCGAGAAGGGGCCUAUCUAUAAUCAGGCAGCUCAAGUCUGGAAUCACAGUUUCUACUUCAAUUGCUUAGGCCCUCGUGACGAAGACACAAGCUCUCCGUUAGGUCCAACGCUGAAACGAAUUGAAAGGGACUUUGGGUCGCUCGAGAACUUCAAAAAUGAGUUUAAGGAGAAAGUUUUGGGACACUUUGGAUCAGGUUGGGUGUGGCUAGUGUACAACACGUCGAACGACAAACUGGAGUUUCUGGAGGGUCAUGAUGCGCAGUGCCCGCUUUCCAUCGCUCCCCGUUGUUCUCCCCUCCUCUGCUGUGACGUGUGGGAACACGCGUACUACCUUGAUACCCAACACGACAGAGCGAAAUAUUUCGAAAACUUCUGGAGUGUCAUCAACUGGCACUUCGUCAAUGAGCAGUUCAUGAACAAUCUGCUCGAAACAUACUAG